GAUUCUAAAUUCAGUCCGCUGCGAUGGAGCUUCGCGAGAUGAAUGUCGCGACGGACGUCGAUGAAACAGCGGAGCUCCUACCGGCAUCUCAACGCGAUGAAGAAAUUGAAAGUUAUUUUAUUGAAUAUGCCAUUCAAAAGGAAAUAAUUAAUCGAAAUCGAACGAGUGCCAGUCGACGAUUGCUCAAUCAAGCUGCAUUUCAAGCAGAACAAAGUUCCUCAAACACCAAUCAAAAGGAAGAUCCAUGUGCGAGUAUAAGUUUUAUUCAAAUUUCCGGGCCAAAUUGGCCUCCAUCUCGAAAACGUGAGGAAGCACAGGCACUCGAGAAUUUGAGAAAAAGAGUGGAACAAUCAAAAUUGUGCAAAGUUAAUCCAGUGAUGGAUGCAGGAGGAUUGGCUUCAACAUCAGUUGCGUUGAAUACCGAACAACUUCAAGAACUUGACAAUCGACCGAAACUUUGGAAGAAAAUCUUGAGUAAUAGACCAAUGAGCAUAUCAUACGAUAGUAGCGAUUUGGAAACGAAUUGGCGAGAUAGUGAAUUUAUAACUGAAUGUUUGUGCUGGCAUAAUGUUUAUCGACAACGACAUAACGCUGUACCAUUAACAAUGUCACCGCAGCUCUGUGAAUAUGCUCAAACGUGGGCGAAUCAUCUAGCUCAUACAAAUACAUUUUAUUAUCGUAACGAACGUGAAGUUGGACAAAAUUUAUAUUGUCGACCGGGUGGAGGUGUGCCUUGUGAUGUUGCAGGACAAGAGGUUGCAGCUUAUUGGUAUUCUGCUGUUAAACAAUACGAUUUCUUAAAGGAACCCGUAAAUGCAAACGUAAAUGCAGGUCAUUUCACGCAGCUGAUCUGGGCCAGCAGCCGACUCUUUGGUGUUGGAAAGGCAAGGAGUAGGAGCGGUAAAAUAAUUGUUGUUGCUAACUAUCAACCAGUUGGAAAUAUUUCAGGACAAUUUCAACGAAAUAUUUUACCCCCAUUACCUGAAAGUGCCAAUUUACCCCUACCUCCACCAUCAAGAAUUCGUCAACAAAGUGAGACCCCAAUAUCAGAAAUGUCCUCAAGUAGUAACAGUAGUGCAAGUACACAAUAAUACAGUCAACCAAACUGCCUUUUCUGCGUCUGCACGCAACGGGACGAGCAACGAUGAAUUUACUGAAUAAUCUCACGGUAAUGUGAUAAAAAAAAAAAAAAAAAAGAGAAAAAUGAUCAUUCUAUGAACAAACAAACCCUUGAAGAAGAAUUCAAAAUUCAUUAAAAUAUUGGUUUAUAAUCUAAAACAGAACAAUCGAAGAUGACAAAUUUUCAUCAAAACUAUAGACAAUCAGAAAUAAAAAGAAACAAUCAAAGAACCACACAAUAAUAAUUAAUUAACAAUCACAAUAUUGGAUAAUUUAAAAUCAGUAUUUCUUUAAUAUCUGACAAAAGACAAUAUUCAAUUCUUUUGUUUGAGGCCCAUGAUUUUUCCCAAAAAUUAAAAAGGUCGAAAAUUUAAUUGAUCGAAUUACAUUAAGUCGAUAUUUUAUUUGAACGAAAUUCUAAAUGAUCGAUAUUUAAAAUGAUCAACAUUUUAAGGCACUCUCACACCUUUUUGGCUGCCUGCAGGUUACCAUGGCAACGCAUGAGAGUGAGUGCAACAGAAAAUUUAAAAAUUUGAAUAUUCAAAUUUUCUGUCUUACUCACACUCGUGCGUUGCCAUGGUAACCUGCAGGCAGGCAGCCAAAAAAGUGUGAGAGUCCCUUUAUUUGGUCGAUAUUUUAUUUAUUCGAAAUUCUAAAUGAUCGAUAUUUAAAGUGGCCGAUAUUUUAUUAAGUCAAUAUUUUAUUUUAUCGAAAUUCUAAAUGAUAGACAUUUAUUGAAGGUCGACAUUUUAUUCGGUCGAAAUUCUAAAUAACCGACAUUUAUAAAGGUCGACAUUUUAUUUAGUCGAUAUUUUAUUUGAUUGAAAAUCUAAAUGGUCGAUAUUUAAAGUGGUCGACAUUUUAUUUUGUCGAAAUUCUAAAAUGAUCGACAUUUAAAGUGGUCGAAAUUGUAUUAGUUAGAUAUUUUGUUUGGUAAAUAUUUCAAAAUGAACGACAUUUAAAGUGGUCGAUAUUUUAUUUGUUCGAUAUUCUAAAUGAUAAAAAUUUAGAAGCAUCGAAUUUUAUAUCCAUCGAAAUUUCAUUUGGUCGAUAUUUUAAAAGCUCGACACUUUUUUUUAUAGCUAUACGAGUUUCCUUUCUAUGUAGAUUGUCGGUAAAGUACAUUGAAAUUUUGCGAGAAAUUUGAAAUUAUUGAUGUAAAUCAUAAUAACAACAUAUAGAGAGGAAACUCGUAUAGCUAAAAAAAAUGUCAAGCUUUUAAAAUAUCGACCAAAUUAAAUUUCGAUUGAUAUAAAAUUCGAUGCUUCUAAAUUUCUAUCAUUAAGAAUAUCGAACAAAUAAAAUAUCGACCACUUUAAAUGUCGUUCAUUUAGAAUAUCGACCAAACAAAAUAUCAAACUAAUAAAAUUUCGACCACUUUAAAUGUCGAUCAUUUAAAAUUUCGACCAAAUAAAAUAUCGACUAAAUAAAUUGUUGACCACUUUAUAUAUAUUGAUUAUUUAGAAUUUCGAAUAAACAAAAUAUCGACCAAAUAAAAUGUCGACCACUUUAAAUAUCGAUCAUUUAGAAUUUCGGUCAAAUAAAAUAUCGACUUAAAGUAAUUCGAUCAAUUAAAAUUUCGAAUUUUUUAAUUUUUUGGGAAAAAUCAUGCGCCUCUUUUGUUUACUUAUAAAUUUAAAAGACAAUAAACUCAUUUCUCUAUUUUUUAAAAAGAAUUUCUCUAUAUAUAAUGCAUAACGAGAAUGAUAAUAAAAAGUGGUAUAAAUGCGGAGGAAAGUUUAGAACUUUAUAGAAAUAUGAUUGUAUAAAAUGAUCUCUAUUUUGUGGUUUAUAUGGGAAUUGAGUAUAUAGAAAAUUGUCAUUAAAAUCGCAUUGGAUUGUCGAAACUUGAAACUACCUAUAUAAUAAAGUCUCAUUACCGUGAGAUACAUACUCUAAAUGAUUCUGCCUUCAGAAUCGAAGUGAUAAAAUGGAGCCUUAUACUCGAACCUUUCGAGUCUUAAAAUCCCAUAUAAGAGAUAACUUCAAAAAAUAUUCUUAACUCUUCUUCGAUUCUCUCGUUCCUCUGAGACUGAAAUCAAAUUUGGGAAAAUAUUGGCCAGAUAAUAUAUGCGAAAAUGGAAAUCAGAUUAAUUUUACAGUAUAUAUUUACUUGAAAUAUAAAGAAUGAAAAAAAAAAUAUUAAUAUUCAUCAAGCCUGAUAAAAAAUUACAAAAGAUAAAUCACAAUUCUUUUUAAACAUAAAUUUUACUUAUAAUAUCAAUUUGGCAUAAUAAUUUAUUCCUUACAAUCAUAAAAAAAGUUAAUCCAUUUUCUAAAUAUAUAUAUAUAUAUAUAUAUAUUACAUCUGGCACACACGCUUCUAAAACAUAUAAUUUAAAUGAAGCAAAUUUGACUUGCGUUGCGGAUAAGAAAAAGCAGUGUAAAUAUAUAAUAAGAAAUUUUUCCCUUACUAUUUCUAUCAACGAAAAUCGUGAUAUACAAAAAAAAAAAAAACGAAUCACUGCUUAUCGCGUGUUUAGGCUGAUGUAUAAAAUAGUUUUAACUAAUAAGCUCAGCAGGCGAGGCUACAAUCAGAAACAUUAUCACGAUAAAAGCUGCUCACGAAUGUUAUAUAAUGUAUAUAUAUAAUAUGUAAACUAAUAUCAUGUAAAUGAUCAACUAAAUAAUUAUAAUUACUAUCUAAAAAUUAAUAAUGAUUAUUGCUCGGCAUUAAUUUGAAAUCUUUUUUUUAAGAUCGCACAAUUAAUAUUACAAUCAAUAUCUCACAAUCUCUAAAAAAAAAAAUUUAUUUUAAUUUUAUUCCAACUAUGAAUUUAUUUUCUUAGACUUUUCACAUAAGACUGAUAUAGUUUUAAAGACACGAUUAAAAACAAUGUAAUUAUAAUUAUUUAAUUUACAUAGUUAAUUUUGUAAUUAAUUACUUCAAUAUUGUAUAAUCAUUAUUUCUUAUAUUGAAGCAAAUUUAUUUGAUAAUAGUCGAUUUUUUUGAAUGAAAUAAAUUUUUUAUAUAUUUAAUAUUUAAAUUUCUUCUUUUGAUAUAGUUGAAAACUUAGCUACAAUUAAAAAAUUUACAUUCUCAACUAAAAUAUGGCACAUUAUUAAUUCGAACAUAAUUGUAUUGCUUUCAAAUAUGCGCACAAAUUUAUAAAAUUAUGAAAGAACAUGAAUUCCAAUUUGAAUAUAUAUAUUCGUAUAAAUCAAAUAGGAACGAAAUUAAACGACAUUAAACGUCAAAAAUGGUGAUAAAAAAAAAAGUUUAAAAAUAAUUGCCAAAAAUAAUUGUGCUGAGCCUUUGCUUCUGCAUUCUACGAGUGCCAAGGCCAUAAAUAGCAAAUAUUAAUUAACACGAGUAGUUAUCAGUGUGGUGAAUUUUGAUAUACAGUUAUAUAUACAUAUAUUUACCGAUUAUUCAGAGUGACUAUAACAAUAAUAUUGAAAUUAAGUAAAUAUUUUUUGUACAUCAAUAAAUGUAUGCAAAAAAAAAAAAAAAUAAUAAUUAGAUAACAUUUUUUCGGUAAAUGAUACUAUAUAUAAAAUGUAUAUCAAUUCACAUAAAAUAAUUUAAUUUAAACGCGGUGCCUCGUAACUUUGUAUUAAAAUUUAUAUAUAUAUUAAUGCGAACGAUAUUAUAUUAUAAAAAAAUGUAAUAUGAUUAAGUUAAUGUUUGCUUAAAUCAUUAAUAUAAGCUUAAGUGGUCAUAAACUUAUAAUUUAAAAAUUUAUAAAGUAAGUGGUGCAAAAUCAUGAAAAAAUUUUUUUUUAUUUUGUAACCUAUUAUUAAAAUAUAAUCAUUUUUAUUAAUUUUAAUUUCCAAUAUUAUAUUAAAGUUAAUUAAAAUAUUAAUUUUCUUAUACCGCAUAAAAAAUAGAUUUUCUUUAUAAAAAUGUUGUGUAAAAAAAAUUUUUAUUUAAUAAUUAUUAAUAUAAUAUAUUUAUAUAAUUCAACAGAUUAUUGAAUUUUCAAAUAUAAAACUAUAAAAACCUAUUAUAACCCAUAGCUUUGGCAAAAUUGAAAAGUGCCUAGAAGUAAUUAUUGUUCUAAUUCAAUAAACUUCCAUUAAUAUUAUAUAAAAGCAUACAUUAAUUCAAAAAUAGAAUUUUUGCUAUAAAACUAAUUUUAAUUAAAAAAAUUUUAAUGAAUAAAACAUAUAUGUAAUCAUUUGGAAAAGUUUAAUUGCUCAAAACUAUAUACGAAAAAUUAUUUUCCUCUCAAUAUGAGAUUAUGUUAUUCUGGGUGUUAGAAAUUAGACUGAUAGUAAAUUUUACCCAUUAUAUAGAGAGAUAUAAAAAAUGAUUAUAUUCUAAAUAAGUUUUUAAAUUUUCUUUUUUUUUAAAUAUAUAUCAUAUACGUAGUCCGAAAAGCGUAAAAUAAAACGCGAAUCAUAUAUGCAUAUGUAAAUACAUAAAAAAAAAAAAAUAGUGAGAUAUUUUAUAUCUUUAUUACUAUAUAAGGAUAUGCAUGAAGCGAAUGAAAUGAAGUAAAUAUUUUUUCAUAUUUUAGUUGGCAAAAAGAAUAACGCAAAAAAACAACAUUUUGCAAUAAAACGGAAAAUUUUCUUGUCUAACAUUUUGCUCAAUAAACACUUUUCUCGAAACAUUUUGCACCACAGUUAAUGAAAUAUCAGUUUCACAUAAAAAAUUUAUAAUAGUAAUAAUAAAUAAAAACUAUACGAAUAAUUUUAGAGAAAAAUUUUAAAAUUUGCAUAAAAAAAAAAAAAAAAAAUGAGGUAAAAAGUGCUUGAUGCUUUAAAAUAAUUUUAAAAAAUAUUUAAGAUUGCUAAUUUUUUGGCAGUGCCGUCUAUACAUAGAAUAAAAUUUUCAUUAAACAAAUAUAAUAAAUAAUUAAAAAGAACAAUCAUUUUAUUACACUUGUUACCUAAUUAAUUUUUUUAGAAAUUCAUAUAUAAUCUAUGUUAAAAUCAAAUUAUUAUAAAAAUUUUGAUAUAGCGCAUUUAUUGAAACAUAUUUUUAAUAUUAAAAAAAAAAAAAUUAUCCAAAAUUAUGAAAGAAAAAAUUCUUUUUAAUUAAAUUCUAUAAUAUUAAAAAGUUUGAAAUUUAAUUCUCUAUAUGAUGCUUGCAUUCAGAAAUCAUUAGAAAAAUAUUUUAAAUGUGCUUAUUAAAAGCAGCCAUCGAGCUUUUUUAUUGUAUAAUAUAUAUAGAUCAAAAAGACAAAUCACUAGAUCAAAAACUAUUGAGAGCAAAUUUUCAUCUAUCCAAUAAGGAUCACUUUGACAUAUAUGUAUAAGUAUAGAGAGAAAAAAAUUUAAUUUAUCUUUAAUUAUUAUUCUCAAUCACAAAAUGUUAAAAGAAAUAAGUCAAAUAUGUAAAUUCAUAACUAUUUUAAAUAUUAGUAUAUAACUAUAAUUUUAUCAUUUUUAAUAAAAUAGAUUUUAAGUAUAUGGAAAAAAAAAUGUUAAAAAUUAUCUCAUCUCCGAAUGAAAAUGUAGGAAAUAUUUAUUUAAAAAAAAAAAGCGCAAAUUAAUAAGCAAAUAUAGAGAUAAAUCUCUAUUAAAUUUCCUUAUGCGAAAGACACGUGUGAUACAGAAAGUAGAUUAGUAAAAUGUAGCGAACUAUGUAAAUGAGAUAAUUUCUCUGAUAGUUCGUGAAAAAAAAGGUUAUUUUUAGUGUGAUAUAAAACAAAAAUUCUCCCAAAUUCUUUUUAUCUAAUUCUGAUAAAUUUAUAUUUUAUGUGAAAAAUAUUAAACUUUCAAAAUUUCAGUUACAACAAAAUUAAUAAUAAAAUUAUGUUGUAAAAAUUAUUUUUUUUAUAUUAUCUUUUAAUUUUUUUUGUGUGUGUAUACAUUUUCAGAAAAUUAAGAGAAAGACAUUCAACUAAAAAUUAACAAAUUUUUAAAAUAAAAAAUGUUUAUUUUAUUAAAUAAAUCUACAAAAAAAAUUCGUGACAAAUUUUGUAAAUUAAAAUAUAUUGACCUUUGUCACAGUCCAACACUGUCAAGAGAAAUUUAAAAAUUCAAUUAUUAUAUGUGAUCAUAGACUUGACCGUGAAAAAGGCAGAACGAAAUUGUAUCUCGCGGAAAGUGGGGUGAGGUGGAAAUUAGAUUGGCGCAUUGCAGGUACCACGUUCUCAGCUGCUGUAUCUAGUUACACUAAAUUUCAAUUAAUUAUUUACAAUAACUAUAUUUCCAAUCAUUAUAUUCAAAAAAAUUUUUAAUUUCUUUGAAAAAUUAAUCGUCUUUAUAUAUAUUACUUUUGAGCCAAAAAUUUAUAAAUGUAAAUUCAAAAAAGAAAUUUAUUUAAAUAUUGUUUCUUAGUGUUGAAUGUCUUAACUCUUUUAAAUGUAAAGAAAAAAAAAUAAUAAUUUGAAAUCUUAUAAGUAGGUAUACUUUUAUAAAUUUAAAAAAAAAUGAUACUAGAUAUAGUGCUAUAAACUUUGGAUUUCUAAUAUCACUAUAACUACAUUUUACCAAAUAUAGUAUAGAUAGACGAAAAAUUAUAGAAUAAAAAUAUACACUGCAUAAUGCAUAUCUAUACCUAUAUAUAUAGACGUCUAGAUAAGUAAAUAAAAGCUUUGAAGGUGUUCGCUUUAAAAAUAUAGACUGCACUUUGUAUAAAUAAUUAGGUUUCAUUGAAAAAUAAAUAAAUUAAUUAAAUAUUUUUUAAAAUCAACUAUAGAAUAAGUAAGCUCAUUAAAUAUUUUUACCAAUAAUUAAUUAUACAAUCAUUCCUUUUUCUCUUUUUUAAAAUAAUAAAUUUUUUAUUUUAAAAGAAAUACAUAAUAAUGUUUUUUUAAUAAAAUCAAUUUAAAAAUGUUUUACUGAAAUUGUAUAAAGAAAAUUUCCAAUGUAUAUGUAAAAAGCAAGAGAUAUUUUGUGAAAGUAAGACUUCGAAUAAGAUAUUGAAGAUUUGUACAAUAUAUUAAUAAUUACAAGAGUGGGUCGAUUUUUUGUUGUUAUUGUUGAAAAUAAAAAAAAAUAUGUUGAUAAGAUUGGAAAUUAUUUGUUAUGUCACUUUUCAGAUCGUGACAAAUUAUAUGUAAAGCUUAUUAUUUUAAAAAAUAUAAAUAAAUAAAUCAUUGUUA